AUGUAGAACUCUGAGGGAGGAGCUUGAGUCUAUACCCAUGUGACACAUCUCUGUGGGUGUAUUCCACUAGGAACUUCAGCUCAGCACUUUCUGGGAAAUCAACGGACACCUUUCUAGGAAAUCAAAGGACAUCUUUCAAAAUUUGUAUUCUCAGAACUUUUUUAUUAAUCAUCUGGGAGAGCCUGCUCCCUCUCGACCUAAAGACAUCUGUAGAGACGAAGAAGACAGUUUUCAGGUUAAGUUACCUAUCAAGAUGUUCCAUGUGCAAAGUCCACAAAUGCUACAGAUGCUAGAGAAAUCUUUAGUGAAGAACCUGCCUGAAGCCAUAAAGGUUUAUGGGACCGUCUUUCACAUGAACCAGGGGAACCCCUUCAAGGUAAAGGCUCUGGUGGACAAGUGGCCUGAUUUUAAUACAGUAGUUGUCCGUCCUCAGGAGCAGGAGAUGACCGAUGACCUUGAUCACUAUACCAACACCUACCAAAUCUUUUCUAAGGACCCCAAGAACUGUCACGAAUUCCUUGAAAAACCAGAUGUCAUCAAUUGGAAACAACAUUUGCAAAUCCAAAGUGCACAGUCAAGCCUGGAUGAGGUGAUACAAAGUCUUGCAGCAACUAAAUUGGUCAAGGUCAAGAAAACACAGUGCAUCCUCUACAUGAUGCCACCAACAGUAAAGAAACUGGUGCCCUCCUUGCUGGAUACACAACAUUUACAUCCCAAAUCAGAGAUUCCCCGUAUCAUUAAUCAAGAGAUGUUUAAACUCUCAUCGCUGGAUGUAGCUCACGCUGCCUUAGUGAAUAAAUUCUGGAGCUUUGGUGGUAAUGAGAGGAGCCAGAGAUUCAUCGAGCGCUGUAUCCAGACCUUCCCCAGCUUCUGUUUGCUGGGGCCUGAGAAGACCCCUGUGACCUGGACAAUGAUGGACUACACUGGAGAGCUGCGAAUGGGAGCCACUGUGCCUGAGUACCGGGGCUUGGGUCUCAUGUCAUAUAUCUCAUACAUUGAGACUAAGAGCCUCGAAAAACUUGGAUUCCCCAUGUAUAGCCAUGUAGACAAAGCCAACAAAGCUGUACAGAAAAUAAGUGAUAAUCUGCGUCAUGUCACUAUGCCCUGUGACUGGAACCAGUGGAACUGCAUGCCUCUGUGAAGCUGUCUCAAAACACCAGACAGUUUUGGGGGGCUGUGAUGUGGCUGGAGUAGAAAGAACAAAUAAGUCACAAGCAGAAGGGAAGGGUGGGCAUUGUUUUAGCUCUAUGAAAAACUGCCAGUGGUCAGUGGGAUGUCAUGUUCUUGCAGCCAUAUUACUUUCCAGGUCUAGCAUUCCUGGCACGGGCUGCACCUUUCUGAAAUCACCACAGUUUUCUGAAGUGGCCAAAGCCUGUGUCCCAUGUUCUGUAUUUCUGGAUCCUAUUGCCUCCAUUAGUCUCCUAGGUGCUGCUGUAACUCUUUUCCAGGAACUCCUGUCUCAUAUCUCUUAUUGUCAGUUGAAAAAGCGUAAUGGUUUGCCAAGAUGUGGUGUCUUGUCAUCCUUGAGUAGCAUAUAGUUUGUGUUUCUCUGAUCCCUUUAUUCACUGGGCCAAGUGUCCUGCCACUUCGGUAGGUAUCACGAAGUGAUUAUUCUACUAGAAGCCCUUCGAUUUGCAUUCCGGCUUCAUAAGCAUGUUAAUCUAUGAAAAUAUGGCAGGGAAACCUAUCAUAUAUGUAAAAUAAUAUGCACUAAUAAAAAUGAGAAGAAAUCAUGUUAAA